AUGUUGAAGACAGUCAAGCCAAAGAAUGCCCGCGCAAAACGCGCCCUCGCAAAGCGCGAGCCCCAACAGACCGAAAACCCGAAAACGACCCUCUUCGUCUCUGGCCAAAAGACAUCUCAAAUCCUCAAACUCGCCGUCGCCGACCUCUGCACCCUAAAGCGGCCCUUUAUCGAGCGGUUCACCAAGAAGAACGACAUCCACCCAUUCGAUGAUGCCUCCUCACUCGAGUUCUUCAGUCUGAAAAAUGACACCUCGCUCAUCGUGCUAUCGCUGCACUCCAAGAAGCGUCCAAACUGCCUGACAGUGGCGCGCACCUUCUCGCACAAGAUGCUAGAUAUGCUCGAGUUCUACAUCAACGCCGAAACCUUCCGCACACUGCAACAAUUCAAGAACAAGAAACCAUCCAUCGGCCUCAAGCCCUUGAUGAGUUUCCACGGCACCGUCUUCGAAGACCCCACACAGACCAAAUACACACUGGCCAAAUCCCUCCUCAUCGACCUCUUCAAAGGCCAAGACGCAUCCGAAGUCGACGUCGAAGGCCUCCAAUACCUCAUCUCCAUCUCCGCCGCCGAACCCACCGACGCCCUCCCCAACCCCGAAAUAAAACUCCGCUUCUACCUCCUGCGCACCAAGCGCUCCGGCCAAAAACUGCCCCGCAUCGAAGUCGAGGAAAUGGGUCCCCGCAUGGACUUGACCCUCGGCCGCGAAAUGUUCCCAGACCCAGACAUGAUGAAGCAGGCGCUCAAGAAGCCAAAGGGCGCCGAACCGCGCACGAAGAAGAAUAUCGACACGGAUAUCAUGGGCGACAAGACAGGCAAGAUUCACGUUGGCAAACAAGACUUUGCCAAUUUGCAGACGCGCAAGAUGAAGGGCUUGAAGCGCUCAAGGGGAGAAGCAGACGAGGAAGUCGGCGUCGAGGACGAGGAAAGCGAGCAGGAGAAUGCGGCUUCCAAAAAAUCAAAGAAGGUCUAG